UUUCAGCAUUUGCGAGGUGGUCUGGUCUCCUGACGCGCUUUAUUUAUCCCUGGUCUCUCCCCACUAGCUGUUCCUGCCCGUCCAUCUCUCUCCGUACAGCUAUAGCAACAAUGUCUCUCACCAGCAAGCUUUCCAUCACAGAUGUGGAUCUCAAGGACAAGCGUGUCCUGAUCCGAGUUGACUUCAAUGUGCCCCUCGACAAGAACGACAACACCACAAUCACCAACCCUCAGCGUAUCGUCGGUGCUCUGCCUACCAUCAAGUAUGCCAUCGAUAACGGCGCCAAGGCCGUCAUCCUCAUGUCCCACCUUGGCCGUCCUGAUGGCAAGAAGAACCCCAAGUACAGCUUGAAGCCCGUUGUGCCCAAGCUCAAGGAACUGCUCGGCCGCGACGUCAUCUUUACUGAGGACUGCGUUGGCCCAGAGGUCGAGGAGACUGUUAACAAGGCCUCCGGUGGCCAGGUCAUCCUUCUUGAGAACCUGCGCUUCCACGCCGAGGAGGAAGGAAGCUCUAAGGAUGCAGACGGCAACAAGGUCAAGGCCGACAAGGACGCGGUUGCGCAGUUCCGUAAGGGAUUGACUGCUUUGGGUGACAUUUACAUCAACGAUGCCUUUGGUACCGCCCACCGUGCUCACAGCUCCAUGGUCGGUGUCGACCUUCCCCAGAAGGCCUCCGGAUUCCUCGUCAAGAAGGAGCUCGAAUACUUCGCGAAGGCCCUCGAGGAGCCCCAGCGGCCCUUCCUCGCCAUCCUUGGUGGCUCUAAGGUUUCCGACAAGAUCCAGCUAAUUGACAACCUCCUUCCCAAGGUCAACAGCCUCAUCAUUACCGGAGGCAUGGCUUUCACCUUCAAGAAGACUCUCGAGAACGUCAAGAUUGGAAGCAGUCUCUUCGAUGAGGCCGGCAGCAAGAUCGUCGGUAACAUCAUCGAAAAGGCCAAGAAGCACAACGUCAAGGUUGUUCUUCCCGUCGACUACGUCACUGCCGAUAAGUUUGCCGCCGAUGCGAAGACUGGCUACGCCACUGAUGAGCAGGGUAUCCCUGAUGGUUACAUGGGCUUAGACGUUGGCGAGAAGAGUGUCGAGUCCUACAAGCAGACCAUUGCCGAGUCCAAGACUAUUCUGUGGAACGGACCCCCCGGUGUCUUUGAGAUGGAGCCCUUCGCUAAGGCUACCAAGGCUACUCUUGACGCUGCUGUGGCGGCUGUUCAGAACGGUGCUACCGUCAUUAUUGGUGGUGGUGACACUGCUACCGUUGCCGCCAAGUACGGCGCUGAGGACAAGAUUAGCCACGUUUCUACCGGUGGUGGUGCCUCGCUGGAGCUCCUGGAGGGCAAGGAACUGCCUGGUGUUGCUGCUCUCUCUGAGAAAAGUAAGUAAAUAAAUGAAGAAUUUUGUGAAACGAGCGAUCUACACUUGUUCCUUAAGGAAAAGUAAAACUGAGAUGAAUGUAAUGUACCAUGACUUC